AUGCAAGCUGAUCCUUUGGAAAACUUUUAUUUGCAAUUUCAAAAAUUUGUUGAAAAUAAUCCAAAUGUGAUUUCGGCAGCAAGAGCAGCUUCACAAAUACCUGAAUCUGCUAAAGCUAUCAUAAUCCUAUCACCGUAUUCACUAUACCAUGUAUUCCCGCGUGAAUGGGUAUCAAAAGCAUAUAGAAAGACUAUAGUGGAAAGACCCGAAAGAUUAUUGGCUGCUUCAAUGGGGAUUGCCGCUGCAAUAACAAUGUAUCCUGCAUUAUUUAAUUUAAAAUCAUCAAAUAAUAAAUUGAGCUCUUUAAAUAGUCCACAUGUUUUAAAAGUUCAUGGCACUAAAUGGCCACAAACUUUAAUUAAACUAUGUAAAGAAGCAGAUAAUAAAUUGAAAAAUGGUAAAAUUGAAGUACCAAAUAAUUGGAAUUCAGGUGAUAUUUAUUUAAGUUCAAAUACUUUAUUAGCUUUAAAAGGUUCGUUGGGUGCAAUCGAAACAGGUGUAGAUUCAAUAUUUAAUGGUCCAUCCCCAGAUCAUAUUAGUAAUAGAGCAUUUGUGGUAAUACGACCACCAGGUCAUCAUUGUCAUGUUUCGAUGCCUUCUGGAUUUUGUCUUCUAAACAAUGUUCAUGUAGCAAUUGAAUAUGCUUUCGAUCAUUAUAAUGUCACUCAUGUAGCGGUAUUAGAUUUUGAUUUACAUCACGGGGAUGGUACUCAGGAUAUUUGCUGGAAAAGAGCAGGUUUUAAACCAGAUGAUGAUACAGAAGAAGAAGAACAAGAAGAUAAUAAAUAUAAUGAUUUUAAUAAACGUAAUGCAAAAUUUCCAAAAGUCGGAUAUUUUUCAAUGCAUGAUAUUAAUUCAUUCCCAACAGAGACAGAUUUUGCAACAAAUGAACAUAUUAAAAAUGCUUCAACUUGUAUUAUGAAUUCACAUGAUUUGAAUAUUUGGAAUAUUCAUUUAUCAAAUUGGUCCACUGAUGAAGAAUUUCAAAAAUUAUAUAGAUCAAAAUAUAGAACUUUAUUCGCUAAAGCGGAUGAAUUUUUUAAAACUGCUAAAUUUGAAAUGGAAUCAAAUUCAAAUGAAAAUGAAAACAAACCAUUUAAAGGUUUAGUUAUUAUUAGUGCAGGGUUCGAUGCUUCAGAAUUUGAACAAACAAGUAUGCAAAGACAUAAAGUUAAUGUCCCAACAGAAUUUUAUACAACUUUUACUAAAGACGCACUUAAAUUAUCACAGAUGCAUUGUAAAGGGAAAGUUUUAUCCAUUAUGGAAGGUGGUUAUUCAGAUCAAGCAAUUUGCUCAGGUGUCUUUGCCCAUUUAAUUGGUUUACAAAAUCAAGACUGGAUUAAUGAAUGGGGGUCAGAACAAGUAGUAAAAGAAAUUGUUCGUGGUUGUAAACCAAAUUGGAAACCUUAUAAGACAAAGAAAAAAAAUGAUGUUAUUAGGAUUUGGGCAGAAGAAGUUAUUAGAUUAGGUAGAUCAAUGAUCCCUGAAUUUGAUGACGUUAUUUUUAAAUCAAAGGAAAAAUUAUUAAAACAUAAACAAGAACAACAUGCAGCUUUAACUAAUGAUGGGAAAUUUAAUGAAAGUUUAGUCACUGCAACUAUUUCUCAAAGAGUCACCAGAGCUUAUGCAAAAGAACGUGAAUAUAAGAAACAUGAUAACAUUAAGAAAGAAAAUGUACCAUUCAUGCAAAUGAAUUUAUCCGAUGAAGAUGAAAAUGAAGAUGAAGAUUAUGAAUAUGAUGAAGAAUUAAAUAAAACUUUUAAUCGUACCGUCGAAGAUAUUACUAUUGAUGAUAUUUCAAGACAUUUAGAAACUUUAGAAUUAAUUCAACAAGAUGAUGAUACCAACGAGGAAGAUAAUAAAGAUAAAUCAAAACGUUCCUCCUCGCGUCGUCUUCAAAGUAGUAAUGGAAUGUAUAAGAUUCCUUCAGAUAAAACUACUAGUAACUUAAAACGUGAUAAUAAUAAUCGUAUUUUAUCAUCAAGUCAACAAAAUCAUCAUCAUCAGCAUCAUACACAAAAUUAUGAUGAUAGUGAUAUCUCUAUGAUGUCACAUGUAUCCACAAUGAAACAUUCAACUAGAAGUGGUGGCAGAUGGUAA